AUUCGCAAUCAUGGCUUCCCCCCAGAGCCAUAAGCCGCGCCGGCGGAGGAAGAUCGAGGAAGGCUCGCUCGCUCACGUCACACACGGCACACUCGACCUAGAUCAGAGCACCAAUGCUCGAAAGCCCGCAUUCCCGCUCGUUGCGUUCCUUUGGCCUGCAAAAGGCACAGUAUCGCAAUGGGUCACGAUACCUCUGAUCCUCAUGGCUGCUGGCCUCUUUCGAUGGACUACCGGACUGUGGGAAUACUCUGGGUUUCAAUCGCCACCAAUGCACGGGGACUUUGAAGCUCAGCGACAUUGGAUGGAACUCACGAAGCACCUUCCAGUCUCGCUGUGGUACUUCUACGAUUUGGAAUGGUGGGGCCUAGACUAUCCUCCUAUGACUGCAUACCACAGCUGGCUGCUAGGAGUCAUUGGCUCUGCCAUCAACCCAGAAUGGUUUGCCCUCGACGAAUCGCGAGCGCUCGACGACCCGUCGCUGAAGAUAUACAUGCGAGCCACUGUUUUCAUCACCGAGUACCUCACAUACAUCCCGGCAGUAAUUAUCUUCCUCCGCCGGUUUUCUCGGGCCGAGGGGGUGAAUGUGUGGGAAGCAUCCAUUGCUCUGGUCGCAAUCCUGAUGCAACCUGCGACUAUGCUCAUCGACCACGGUCACUUUCAAUAUAAUACGGCUAUGCUUGGCCUUACUCUCGCAAGCAUGUCUAGUAUGCUGGCGAAGCGGUACUUGUGGAGCUGCGUCUUCUUCGUUGGCGCGCUUGGCUUCAAGCAGAUGGCCUUGUUCUACGCUCCGGCUGUCUUUGCGUACCUCCUUGGGAUAUGCGUCUUCCCAAAGAUCAACCUCCUUAGGCUUCUGACGAUCGCCUUAGUCACGGUCGCUUCCUUCGCCUUGCUCUAUUUACCUUUCCUCCUUGGCAUUGUAUACGAUACGUACAAGGGUGUUCCUCAGAGAGAUCUCCCGUUACCGCCGGUUCUUGCCUCUUUUCCAAUCCAGUUGCACGACGAGGCUUGGUACUACCCCACCAUUCUACAACUAGCGCAGUCAGUGCACCGGAUCUUCCCGUUCGCUCGAGGACUGUUCGAAGACAAGGUCGCCAACAUCUGGUGCGCGAUCCAUACCUUUUAUAAGCUCCACCAGUAUCCGACCCCUUUUCUUCAACGAGCCGCGCUCAUCGCUACGACUGCUGCGAUUGGCCCGCCAUGUCUCAUCAUUUUUUUAAAGCCGAAGAAAGAGCUUAUGCCUCUUGCCCUGGCGGCCACAUCCUGGGCGUUCUUCCUCUGCUCAUACCAGGUUCACGAAAAGAACGUUUUGCUCCCACUGCUCCCAAUGACGGUCCUGUUGAGCGGACAUAACGGCCUUCUACCUUCGAUUCGCGCAUGGGUUGGACUCGCUAACAUGCUCGGGGUCUGGACCAUGUUUCCAUUGCUGAAGAGGGAUGAGCUGAGAGUGCCUUACUUUGUCUUGUCGCUCCUAUGGGCAUACCUCCUCGGACUACCUCCGGUGUCCUUCUCCGCAUACCACGAGGGAGCCUCGGGCGGACUCGGUCUUUUAACGAAGAUCCUUCACUUGAACAUCUAUGUGGGCAUCGUUGGUUGGCACGCCGUGGAAGCGUUCGUUUCCCCACCGAGCAGCAAACCAGAUAUGUGGGUUGUGGCAAAUGCCAUCCUCGGCGCUGGCGGGUUCGGUAUCUGUUAUCUUUGGUGCCUAUGGACGCUCUUGUGGAAGAGUGAGCUUUUGGGGAAGGCUAGCACAAAGGCGAAGAGCAAGACGCAGUAAAGGAAAGGGCGAUGCUUCACGUUUUCGAUUACCAGGCAUUUUUUAAGUUACAGAUACCCAUUUCUUACCGGACGUUGGAGGGAAGAUUCAGGUUCCAUUCAUGUACAAGUAUGGCAUACAUAUAACCACGUCUAGUGCUCCCGCAAUGCCCGACGCCGUCCCAUGCUGUGUAUUGUACAUGCCUCCCGUUGGCAGUUAUAGUACACCAGUUCCACCACGGACUCGUAUCAUAUCUUGAAUCCGUACCCAGCCAUGCAGUCUUUGUACUUCGUUACGAGGUCGGCACACUCUUCUUGGGCGUUGUUCGAGCUGGAGA